AUGGAUCACAAACUCCCUUAUAAUAAAAUAAUUUUACGAGAUAAAGGAUUAUUUCAAGGUAAAAAUUUUUCAAUAUCAAAUGAUUCAAUAAAAUGGAUUCAAGUAUAUUCAUUAUCAAUAACAGAACAUGGACAAUUAUAUUCAUCUGAUGAAACAAAUAAUCAUUAUUUAUUAUUACAAUCUUUACAAUCAUGUUUAAUUCAAAUUAUACCAAAUUUAAAUUCAUCAAAUCAACAACAAUUAAAUCAAUCAAGACCUUCAAUAUCAAAUAAAAGAUCAUUUAUUAAAAAAAAUGGAAAUUCCACUAGUGAAAAUAAUGAAGAAGAACCACCCUCCAUAUUUAUAAAAACUUUUGAAAAUGAUAAAUUAUAUAUUAAAAUAAAUUCAAAAUUAAAAUUUGAUAAUUUAAUAAGUAAUUUACUAGUAUGGCAAAAUUUAAAACCUCAAGGAUUAUCAAAAAAAUGGUAUAGUGAAAAUAAAGUUAUAAACAAGACAAAUUCUCCUCAUGAAUUAUUAGUUUGUAGAUUUAAAGUUUAUGGACCAUUACCAAAUAAAUUUAAAAAUGUUAAUGUUAUUCAAGGUCCAAAAGCUCCUAUUUAUCAACCAAAAAUUGAUGAUUUUACAACUUUAACUGAAUCCCCACCACAAUCAAAUGAUAAUAAUAUAAAUGAAGGUUGGUUUUUUACAAUGGGUGCAUUAAAUUCAAAUGGUAUAUUAAAUUUUAUAAGUGAAUUAGAUGGUACUUUAUUAUAUUCAAUUGAUAUAAAAAAUUUAUUAACUAGUGAAAUUAGAGAAGUUCAUAAUUCAAUUUUUAAUAGUUCAAAUGUUUUAUUUAUUGGUCAAUUAAAAGAAUUAAGAUAUAAUAAUAUUAUUAGAACUACAACAACUCUUAAUGCAGAUCAAUUAUUAACUCAAUUUUUAACAAGGGAUGGUAAAAUUAUUCCGAAUAAUCAAAGGAUUCUUAUUGAAUUUCCAUUACAUAUUGAUUUAGAAGAUUGGUUUGUUGGAUUAAAUUAUUUUGCAAAAAGAGAAUAUAUUGGAUCAUUUAAUGAAGAAUCUAAACUACUCAAUGAUGUUGAAAAACCUCAAUUAUCAGAUUUUCAUAAAGCUAAUUUUAGAGUUUCUAAAAAAGUUAUAAUAGAUAUAAUUGAAGCAAAAUUUGAUCAAAUUACUACAAAACGAAAUAAUACUGGUAAAAUUUAUGCAGAAGUUAGAAUGUGGGGUUAUCCAUGGUCAAGAACUGCUACAGUAAAUCAUACAAAUAAUCCAUUUUGGAAAGAAGAAUUUCUGACUGAUUUACCUAUAUCAACACAAAUGAUUCAUAUUUUAAUAAAAAAAUGUAAUAAUAAUGAUUCAAUAUAUUCAUCAAAUGAUAAACUAAUUGGAACUGUUUAUGUUACACCCGAUAUUUUAACAAAACAAAUAAAAACAAGUUCAACAAUAAUGACAAGUAACGAAUCAAAUGGAAUUCAAGUAAAUUCAAUACCAAUGCAAAAAAGCACGAGUCAUAAUUCAAGUUUAGAUAUUGUUAGAUUAACAAUUUAUGAUCCAAAUAAUAUCCCCAUAGGUAAAUUAUUAUUACAAGUGAACCUAAAAGAAUAUCAUAUAUUAUCACCACAAUAUUUUAAACCACUUGAAAAAAUGUUUACAAAUGCUCCAUUAAAAGAUUUAAUUAAAUUUUGUAAUGAAAAUGUUCCAACAUCAGAUUUUGAAAGAAUAAGUAUUAUACUACUAGAUAUUUUUCAAAGUUUAGGAGUUGAAGAUGAUUGGUUUAAAUGUUUAAUGGAAAGUGAAUUAGUUAAUAUUGAUAUAAUAACAAGAAAAAAUUAUCAUAAAAGAAAUAGUAUUGAGAAUGGUAGUAAUAAUAUUAAUGGUGCAACAGCUUCUCAAAAUAAUGUAUUUAAUACAUUAUUUCGUGGAUCUUCAAUUUUUUCAAAAUCUCUUGAAAAAUAUAAUAUAAGAAUAGGACAAGAAUAUUUGGAAAAAGUAUUUGGAGAUUUUUUUGCUAAAAUUAAUAAAGAAAAAAAAAAUUGUGAAAUUGAUCCAAGAUAUGUUAAAUUACAAGAAAGAGCUAAAAGAAAAGGUAUUGAUAUAGAUGAUGAUUUAGAUGAUAUUGAAUCAAGUGAUGAAGAAUAUGAUUCAGAUUUAGAAAAAUCCAAAAAUGAAUCAAUAAAAUUAAUGGUUGAAGAAAAUUUUCAAAAUCUUUAUGAAUAUAUUGAAGAAAUUUGGAACAAAAUUUAUAUAACAUCAAAUGAUAUACCACAACAAAUUAAAACUCAAUUAAAAAAUUUUAGAACAAAAGUUGAAUUAGUUUGUGAACCAGAUGAUAAAAUAACAAGUUUAAAUUGUAUAAGUGCUUUUAUAUUUUUAAGAUUUUUUUGUCCUGCAAUAUUAAAUCCAAAAUUAUUUUAUUUAGCUAAAAAUCAUCAAACUGGUAGUACUCAAAGAACAUUAACAUUAAUUGCCAAAAUAUUAUUAAAUUUAGCAAAUAGACAAGAAUUUAGUCCUCAUAAAGAACCUCAUUUAGUUAAAAUGAAUAUUUUUUUAAGAAAACAUCAACAAGAAGUUUUGGAUUAUUUUGAUAAAAUAACUGGAAGAAAAAAUGAUUUUAAUGAAAAAAUUUUAGAUUUAAGUCAUGAAGUUAAAAGAUUUGAUUUAGGUUUAAAUCAAACAUCAAAUGAAUUACCUACAACUCCUUAUUUAAUUGAUAAAUAUCUUAGAUUAACUGAAAUUGUUUAUUUAUUAGAUUAUUCAAAGUUUACUAAGAAUGGAAAUGGAAAUCAACUGCAAAUUACACCAUUAACUUCUCCUUCCAAAAUAUUAGAAAAUUCAAUAGAUAAUUUAAAUGAAUUAGAUUCAAUAAAAUUAGAAGAAUUACAAAUUCAAGAAUUGGAAAAAAAUAAAAAUGUUUAUCAAAUAGGUUCAUUAGAAUUUGAAAAACUGGAAUUCUUGGAUUUAGUUGGUGAUAAUGAAACUGAAGGAUUUAUAAAAUCUUUAUGUAAAGGAAAUGAAGAAAUUUUUUCAUUUAUAAAUUCAAAUAUUACAUUAAAAGAUAUUCAAAAACAAAGUACAAAAAUAAUGAAUAGAAUAAAUGAAUUAGAAAUUUAUUUAGAUAAUUAUGAAUUUCCAAUAAAUUAUUUAGGGAAUGAUAAUUUUAAAAAUGGUAAUGAGCUUAAUAACAAUAACAACAAGCUAUGGUCUAGUUUUACACAAGAUAUAUUAUCAAAAUCUUGGUUAGAUUGUUCAAGAAAUUGUUUAAUAUCACUGGAUUUAAAUUUAAAUUAUCAACAUACAAAUAUGAAAUUUUUAAAAUUAGAAGAAAAUGCAAUAUCAAGUUUAAAAUUAAAAUUUAAUAAUAAUAAUGAUUAUCAAGACUCAAAUCAACAAAAUUCUAAUCAACCCCAACAACAACUUCAAUUAAAAUCAAAUCCUUCUAUAUCAAGUUUUAAUGAUAGUUCAUCAUUAAGUAAUACAACUUCAAGUAGUAUAAAAAGUUCAGUUCAAAAAUGGUUUAAAAUUAAAAACAAAUAA